CGCCACCCUGUCCUUUUCCGGUCGGGACGGCGUGGCAAGCAGGAGUGCAGCCACCUUCUCCUCUCCUUUUCUCUUUUUCUCCUUGUCCACUUUGAGAAUGGAUCCGAAAGCCCUGCAGGAAGAGCUGCGUCUGUUCCAGAGCACUCUGCUCCAGGAUGGCUUGAAGGAGCUCCUGAACGAGAACAAGUUUGUGGACUGCACUCUUAAGGUAGGAGAUCGCUGCUUCCCAUGCCACCGCCUCAUUCUGGCCGCAUGCAGCCCGUACUUCAGGGACAUCUUCUUCUCUGAGGACGGCAAGGUCAAAGAAGACCUCAAAGAAGUGUCCUUGGACGACGUGGACCCCAACAUCCUGGACAUGAUCAUCAAGUACCUUUACUCAGCCGAGAUUGAGCUCACAGACGGAAACGUUCAGGAGAUUUUCGCGCUCGCAAACCGUUUCCAGAUCCCAUCCGUGUUCACCGUGUGUGUAAACUACCUCCAGAAGAAGCUCUCCCUGUCUAACUGCCUUGCCAUCUUCAGACUCGGACUGGUCCUCAAUGUACCGAGGUUGGCCGUAGCUGCCCGCGACUACAGCGCCGACCGCUUCGAGAGCCUCGCCAAGGAGGAGGAGUUCCUUCAGCUGGCACCACACGAGCUCUUCGCCUUGAUCGGUAGCGACGUCCUGAAUGUCGCGAAGGAGGAAACGGUGUUCGAGGCAGUCUUGAAAUGGGUGCGCAGUGACAAAGAGAAGCGAGCUAAGGCGCUUGUAGAUGCGUUCGAGUGUAUCCGUUUCCGUCUGCUGCCUGAAAAGUACUUCAAGGAGAAGGUGGAAACCGAUGACAUCAUCAAGGCCGAUCCCGAGCUCCAGAAGAAACUGCAGGUCAUCCGAGACGCCUUCAAGGGAAAACUUCCCGAGAGGAAAAAGAAGGAGAUGAAGGAAGGAGAAGAGGAGGAUGAAGAAGAGCUUCUACCAGGUUACCUGAAUGAUAAUAAGAGAUUGGGGAUGUACAGGCGCAAUCUGAUCCUCAUGGUCAAUGAUACGGCGGCAGUAGCGUACGACGUCGGAGAAAACGAGUGCUUCCUCGCUGCUAUGGCUGAGCAAGUGCCAAAAAACCAUGUGAGCAUUUGCACCAAGAAAAACGAGCUCUACGUCAUCGGCGGCCUGUUUGUUGACGAGGACAACAAAGAGAAUCCUCUUCAGUGCUACUUCUAUCAGCUGGAUGCACUCGCAGCUGAUUGGUUGGCGCUGCCCCCCAUGCCGAGUCCCCGCUGUCUUUUCGGCUUAGGGGAAAAUGGGAAUCUGAUUUUUGCUAUUGCUGGAAAAGAUCUGCAGACCAACGAGUCGCUCGACUCGGUCAUGUGUUACGACGCUGAGAAGAUGAAAUGGAGUGAGACAAAGAAACUUCCCCUGCGCAUCCAUGGCCACUCAGUGGUGUCACACAACGGCCUGGUCUACUGCAUCGGGGGCAAGACAGAUGACAAUAAAGCUUUAAACAAGAUGUUCAUGUAUAACCACAAGCAGUCUGAAUGGAGGGAGCUCUCCGGAAUGAAGACCCCCAGAGCCAUGUUCGGUGCUGUGGUGCACAACGGCAAAAUUAUCGUCACCGGAGGAGUUAACGAGGAGGGACUGACCGCCAAUUCUGAGAUCUACGACUUCACGACUAACAAAUGGGACACGUUCACGGAGUUCCCGCAGGAACGCAGCUCUGUGAACCUGCUGAGCAGCGGUGGGAAUCUCUACGCCGUCGGAGGCUUCGCCAUCGUAGAGCUGGAGAACAAAGAAGUCGGACCUUCUGAGAUCACCGACGUGUGGCAAUACGAGGAGGACAAAAAGCAGUGGAAUGGCAUGUUAAGAGAGAUGCGCUAUGCGUCCGGAGCCUCGUGCGUAGCGAUGUGCCUCAACGCUGCCAGGAUGCCCAAACUCUAAACACAGCCUCUGUUCAAGUAUCACUUCCUGUUCAGAUGCCAUUUGACCCCAGUGCCCAGCGCUGUGCAUGGGGUCAUGGGGCAUCGUCAUGAUUAUUCGGUUACUCAAGAAGAAACAAAACAAUUGGGUAACAAAUGCGUGUGUUUAUGUAGGUUUGACCAUGACUUUGUCUCAAAUUGCAUACUUUUACCGUGAUUAUUGUGAAGAAUCUCAGUGAGAUGUAACGCACUAUUAAUAUCUGGAUGAAUGAGCCUCAGAGACAUGAAGCAUGGACUGUUGGAAGGUUUUUUUUGCACCCGUGAGUCACAUCCUGCGUUACGUACAAGAGGGAGUGAAGCCUUCAGAGGCUAUUCCUGUUUGAACUUGUCAACAGAGUAAGGUUUCUAGCGGCCAUUUUGGAUUGUUAAAUGGACAGUUGUUGCCGUGGAGGAUUUUCUGACAUGAUGUGACGUUAGUGUACUUGAGAUGUUACUGCUCUACAAACAUCCAGGCACUAGGUAAUCGAAUACGUAGUGCAUAGUGUAAGAAUGGAGUCCAUAGUAUGCAAUUUGAGACAGAGCCCAUGCUUGAAUUUAGUAUAAAUGUAGGAUAUUCAGCUUUAUAAUACUUCAUUCAGAUCUAAAGCUUUUUUUUUUUAAAUAACAUAAUAAUACUAAAUAAUGUAAACAAAGGCAUGGCCAGGUUCUACAGCUUUUGACUUCUUCUUUUUUUGUAAACUGAACAAUUAAACAUUUUUAAAACACA